UACAUAUAUACAUGCAUCUGCAUUCUUCUAGAACUUUCGUUUUGACACACAUUCAUAGAUGAAACAGCGCACUUACUUUAUAGUAGCUUUAUUCAAUUUCAAAUUCUACUGUAAAAGAAAAGGCUUUAAUAUGUUGGCCUAAUAAGUUAAUAUACCACAUUAAAUUUACUAAUGCGCAAGUGAAUGUUUUUGUAUUCACUCAUAUAUAUACAUAUAUUUCAUAUGUAUGAACGCUUGUAUUGGGUUCGUUCAGUUCGUGCUGCGCAGUAGGCUUACAGUAGGCUUACAUUUAUUUUAGAUAUGGAACAAAUAUUAAAAGAUUUUAAAUGCGAGAAGCUGAAAGAGUGCUUUGAAGAACAUGGAAUUGAUGAAACUACCAUACUUUUACUGACCGGUGAACACCUAAAGGAAAUAGUUCCCAAACAUCUGUUUGGGGAGCGUGUUCGAUUUGAGCACGAAGUUAACCGCUUUAAUGAAUGGAAAAAUGGACUUUCUGAAAAUAGACCUAUUGGGUAUAACCAAAUUGGCGAAAAGGGGAAUAAUGCUAGUAGCCAAGUCGGAGUACAGGUUUCUGCUUUAGGCAUUUUAAAAGUAUACCCACAAUUUGUAAACAUCCAAGCACUUUAUCGAAAGAAGGGCUACCUUGAGCCGAGUCACCGCAAACUGAUAAGCAACUUAAUUUGCGAUUUUUUAAUCAGUAAUGGAAUCGAUUGGCAACCUAGGAGGUUUAAAGAAAUUUCAGAGCAAUUAGUCGAAAUGUUUCCAACUGAAGUGAAGGAGACUUACUAUCUGCAAAUCAAAAAUAAAAAAGCUGGAGGUGUUUUGUGCUGCAGGUAUAGAAACUCCUUGGCCAAACGAAGAGUCCUUGAGUCAACAGUCAACAUUGAAGACGACGGAGAUGAGCCUGCUGACGAAGAGAACGAUAACUAUAAUAAUAAUGCAAAGUACUGGCUCAAAUGCAAUGUUGCCCCAUUGAAUAUAGUCAAGGAACAUUGGGAACACACCUUCUCAGAGAGAAAAUUGUCGAUUCAAACUGGAAGCAAGAACUUAAACGCAAUUCUUGAAGAAUGGCCUAUUUUAAGACAGAGUUUUGGACAUGAAUUGAUAAGUCGAGAUUUUGAGCUUAAGUAUCCAGAGACUAUCAUCGAUUUGGAAACUCAAUGGUCAACAUUUCGAUCAAAGUUCCUGCAACUAUCGCAAGAAAGAGUGAAGGAAAAUUACAGCCUGGAAAUACUGAAGAAAUUAAAAACGGAUUCAGCAGACGACGAUCAACUUAAUAUUGCAACCAUUACAAUUUUACAUGCCAUCUUGAAACCAACGGCUCGUAAAGUGGUUAAGAAGGGAAACAACAAGAAAAUUGGCGUAAAGGUAACAAUUCAAGACUCGCGACAAAGUUUUUUUCGCACAGUUUUCAUCGUCCGCCGAGUUGGAGAGUGCUAUAAAAGAAAAAAUCGAAGAACAGUUGAAGUGUAACGAAUGUCUACAGCCAAUUAUUUGUGGUAUCGGCCCAACCGUUUUGGAAUCUACUGAAUUUUUCGUUUAUUAUGCCGAUAUUUACUAUAAGUUUACAAACAUUUUAAGCGCAAUUGAGUCUUGCUUUAAACUUUUUUAUGUCCUUGAUCUUAAAUAUCCUGAGUCGUGUAAGUUAGUAUGGUUGUUUUUUCAAGAAUAUUUCUUUAACUUCAAGUUAUCCGAUAAAGAUAUACAUCCCUCGGUGAAGUCAUUAAUUAAUGACCUAAAAUGAAAAACAAGUUCUUACUUUCAUGAGUGCAUAUAAUUUUGAUUUAAAUAUUCUUUUUAAAUUUUGAAUUUUA